UGGAAACUCAUCAGCGGCAGCAUCCUCCAGAUUGUCCAUCCUAUCAUCUGGACGGCUAAGAAAAUUUGCAUGUAAAUCAUCGGCUCAAAAUGGCGAUCGGGCGUCAAAUGCUUUUCUUGGUGCUCUUUUCCUUUCUGUGUCACAGGAUAGCUUUUGCUGUAAUACUCCGAACAACUGAGAAAUCUGUAUGGGCAAAUGAAUUUGAGUCAAUUGAGUUGACCUGCUUGAUAGAGUCAAUCUCUACAAACAAUCCCAGGAUUGAAUGGAAGAAAAUUAAAAAUGGUGUCCCUAGCUAUGUGUAUUUCCAAAAUAAAAUUUCAGGUGACUUGGAGCACAGAGCAUUGCUUAGAGAGCCUGCAAACCUUCUGAUUCUAAACGCCACCAGAUCAGAUUCAGCACAGUAUCGCUGUGAAGUUGCAGCCAUCGAUGAUCAGAAGCCCUUCGAUGAAAUACUGAUCAGUCUUGCAGUAAGAGUGAAGCCAGUGAUGCCCAGUUGCAGUGUGCCAGAGGCUGUAACAGUGGGUGCCACCACAGAACUACGAUGUAUUGAGACUGAGGGCUUUCCUCAGUCACAGUACCAGUGGUUCCGUAACAACGAGGAACUACCAGAGGAUCCAAAAACCACAGUCAAGUUCUACAACUCUUCAUACACCAUGAACAUUGAGACUGGAUCACUCAAAUUUCGGGCAGUGAAUAAAGAGGAUGCAGGGGAAUAUCAUUGCCAGGCCAGAAAUGAGGCUGGAUCUUCAAAGUGUAGUCCACAGCCCAUGGAAGUCUAUGAUCUGGACAUUAUGGGGAUAUUCUUGAAGGUGUUAGGUGGAGUGGCAGCAUUUAUUGUUGUCAUUGUGUGCAUCUGUCAAAUUCAGAAAAGUGGCUACUGUUCCUGCAAGGACCAUACGGAAACCAACUACAAAGUACCCCAACAUAACAAUAGGAUGGACUACGCUAGUCCAGAUGAGGGACAUUUUCGCCACAAGUCCUCCUUUGUCAUAUAAAAUCAAAGAUGAGGAAAUUAGUGUUUCAGCUGCAUGAAGGCCUUGUGAGACUUUUGAGCUGUCAAAUUUUGCAUUUGAUGCAGAUGUCUAUGAACUUCAGAUUCUGAGCUUGCCAAAGUUAUCACAAAAACUGAAAACUACUGUUACACUGGGAAAUUUUACUUCCCUCAAUUUAAUUUAAACUCACUGACAUGAAUUGAACACAGUUUUACUCAAAACAGAUUAUUUAAAUA